AUGGACACAAUCUCGACCGCUGUGGCAAUUGACAGAGAUAAGAACAGCCAAUAUGCCGUCAAAUGGGCUGUCGAUAAUAUAGAUUUGAAGGAUAAACGAAUUAUCCUUGUCCAUGUUAUGACCCAACCAAAUUUGCAUCCCCGUAGCGGGUUUUGUGCUCGAAAGGGGAUUCGUGCAAAGGAGGUGAUUCUCAAUUCUGUAGAUGUUGCAAAUACACUUGUCCAGUAUAUCAGUGACAACUUUAUAACCGACAUUGUCCUUGGAGCUUGUAGCCGAAGUGCAAUAGCAAGGGCAUUUAAAAAUAUAGACGUUGCCAGCUAUUUAGGAAAAUCUGCACCUGAUACCUGUUCAGUAUAUGCUAUAUCAAAGGAAAGAGUACUGAAACUUAAAUCAGUCAGUCAACCCUUCAAGCUCAACGGUUCAAGGAAGUCACCUCACUCAGGGUGCUCACCAGAUACCCCAUCUUGUGAAGAUUUUCACCAGCAAGGGAGCUGGAGAAAUGCUGCCUCAGAGAUAUCAUCUUUGCAAGGAGGAAGCCACUUAAGAUCCUUGGACAGUCCUAAAGACAUGCAUCCUGAGAUCAAGAAUGCUUUGCCUUCAAAUUCUAUGAAUAGUAACAGACAGUAUCAGCAGACGACUCCAAGGGAGAGGCACUUCUGCAUCGGGACUCCACCUGACAAUAACAGUGAGUCUCUGACACCAAGGGAAAGGUUCUACAGCUGUAAAAGCUCUUUGCCUCAACAUUCAGAGACUACUAGCUUUGCAUCUGUGCAUAGUUCAGUGACUGGCAGCAGUGAAUUCAUGCACAUGACUCCACCCAAUGGGCAGCCAGGCAACAAGAUUUCUUCACCCCAAAAGCCAGUUGUUAAUCUUAAUCUUCGUGUUCAAUCUAAACAGGGUUUAUCCCAUUCGAUAUCUGAAUCAUUUCUUUGUUCAGAUCUUCAAAGCUUCCAAUCAUCUGAUAUCUCCUUUGAACUUCUAGACCAGUCCCACACUCUUGAUGCUUCUAGGAGCUCCACCUCCUCCGAAGAAGCGGGAGAACUGGAGGACGAAUUGAGGAGAUUGAAACUGGACUUGAAGCAAAUCAAGAUAAAGUAUAAUGCUGGUUGUAAAGGAACAGUAAGGGAGGUUGAUCCAUGGCCGUCAGAUGAGGCAUGCAAGUUAAUAGAAGUCAAGGAUGCUCAAAAGGCUGCAAUGGAUAUGGUAGAGAGGGAGAAGCAAAAGUGUAAGGCUGCAGUUGAAAUAGCACAAAAGGCGCAACGCAUAGCAGAAUUGGAGUCUGAGAAGCGAAAGCUUGCAGAGAUAAAGUUCAAACAUGAAGCUGAAGAGAAAAUGAAAGCCCUCGAUGCACUAGCACGCAAUGAAAUUAGAUGCAGAAAAUACUCAAUUGAAGAAAUCGAAAUUGCAACUAAUUACUUCUCAGAUUCAGAAAAAAUAGGCGAAGGUGGAUAUGGACCUGUCUAUAAAGCUACUCUCGGUCACACAUCUGUUGCAAUUAAAGUUUUGAGGUCAGAAAUCUCACAAGGUCAAAAACAAUUCCACCGGGAGGUUGAGAUGUUGAGUCGCCUGAGACAUCCAAAUAUGGUUAUCCUUUUGGGCGCCUGCCCCGAAUAUGGUUGCCUUGUAUAUGAGCACAUGGAAAAUGGCAGCUUAGAAGACAGGCUCUACUGCAGGAAUGGCACUCCAUCCAUACCAUGGGCCACCCGCUUUAGGAUAGCUGCUGAAAUCGCAACUGCCCUGCUUUUCCUUCAUCAGGCAAGGCCAGAACCCUUCGUGCAUCGCGACCUCAAACCUGCCAAUAUUCUCUUAGACAAAAACUAUGUCAGCAAAAUCAGUGAUGUUGGCCUAUGCAGGUUGGUUCCACCUUCUUUAGAUGGCAGUGAUACUGAAUAUAGAAUGACGGCUGCAGCAGGCACAUUCUGUUACAUCGAUCCGGAGUAUCAACAAACCGGGAUGUUAGGAACAAAAUCCGAUAUAUACUCAUUUGGUGUGAUGUUGUUGCAAAUCAUCACUGCAAAACCUGCAAUGGGUUUGACAUAUCACGUUGAGAGGGCAAUUGAAAAAGGACAAUUUGCAGAAAUACUAGAUCAAACGGUGAAUGAUUGGCCAGCUGAGGAGGCUUCAUCAUUUGCAAAACUAGCAUUAAAAUGUUGUGAAUUGAGGAAAAAGGACAGGCCAGAUCUCGAUUCAAUGAUAUUGCCUGAACUGAUACGACUAAGAGAUCUCGGCUCUGGAAACAAGGCCAAUUUGAUCAAAUGA